AUCCGUUGGUUGGUACCUUCUUUCGUUGUAAAACACAAAACAAAAAUCUCUGAAUUUUGAAGAAGAGCAACAAUGUCACUCACUUCAUCACUCUCAUCCAUUCAAUUCUCUGCACUCCCUACUUCUAAUAUAUCUCCAACUCCAUCUAUCUCACCUCUUUCCACUUCCUCUCCUUCUUUCUCCGUCUCUUUCCAACAAAUUUCUCAAUCCCACCGUCAUCAGCUUCACCGCUUGGUUUCCUUUGCUUCCAACCCCAACACCCAUUUCAGAAGAAAAUCAAAACCCAAGAGAUUUAGAGUCAAUUGUUCUUUAGCCAGUGAGCCAUUGAAGGUUAUGAUAUCAGGUGCACCUGCGUCAGGAAAAGGUACUCAGUGUGAACUUAUUGUUAAUCAGUUUGGACUGGUACACAUAUCAACUGGUGACAUACUGAGGGCCGAGGUAUCUGCGGGGACAGAUAUCGGGAAAAAAGCUAAGGAGUUCAUGAAUGCUGGCCAACUGGUUCCUGAUGAAAUUGUGACUGCUAUGGUUACUUCCCGAUUAUCUCGCGAAGAUGUAAAGCAAAAUGGUUGGCUUCUGGAUGGGUUCCCAAGAAGCUUCUCCCAAGCAGAAAGUCUGGAAAAAUUGAAGAUUAGACCAGAUAUUUACAUUGUCUUAGAUGUUCCUGAUGAAAUUCUGAUAGACAGAUGUGUUGGAAGAAGACUCGAUCCAGUGACAGGGAAGAUUUACCACAUGAAAAAUUUCCUUCCAGAGAGUGAGGAGAUUAAAGCAAGACUUAUUACCCGUCCUGAUGACACUGAGGAAAAAGUGAAGGCACGUCUUGACAUAUACAAGAAAAAUGCAGAAGCAAUUUCUUCUACUUACUCUAACACCAUGAAGAAGAUUGAUGGAAGCCGUUCGAAAGAUGUAGUUUUCAAAGAGAUAUCUUCUUUGCUGUCUCAAGUGUUGAAAGAUAAAGAGGAGUGCAAUAAAUCUGAAAAGCUAAUACCUAAAAGUGAAAGCAGUUCUAAUCAGGCAUCCAUUAGCCAGGAUAAAUGGAGAGGGAUUCCUACUAGGUUAAACAACAUUCCUCAUUCCAGGGAAAUCCGGAAUUAUUUCUAUGAUGAUGUUCUAGAAGCCGCUCAAAGAGCUGUAAAUGAUGGGAGAACACGAUUAAAGGUGGAGAUUGCUAUUCCAGAGCUGAACCCAGAAAUGGAUGUUUAUCGGAUAGGUACCUUGAUGGAACUUGUUCGAGUUCUUGCUCUGUCCUUUGCAGAUGAUGGAAAACGUGUCAAGGUAUGUGUUCAAGGGUCGAUGGGGGAAGGUGCACUUUCUGGAAUGCCACUGCAACUUUCAGGAAGCCGAAAGAUCUUGGAGUUUAUGGAUUGGGGAGAUUAUGGAGCUUUAGGGACAUUUAUCAAGAUCGGUUCUGUAGGUGCAAAAGAAGUUGAUGAACAUGAUGACAUGUUUAUCUUAGUGGCUCCUCAAAAUGCUGUAGGGAAUUGUAUCAUAGAUGAUCUAAGGGCCAUGACAGAUGCUGCUGGAACUCGACCAGUUAUUCUCAUUAACCCGAGACUCAAGGACUUACCUGGCUCAAGUGGCAUCAUGCAAACAAUGGGUCGAGCCGAGAGGCUGGAGUAUGCUGCUUCUUUUGAAAGCUGUUAUUCCUUUCGGCUUCUGUACUAUGCGGGAACUCAAUAUCCUAUUAUGGGAGCUCUCAGGAUGUCUUACCCAAACCAUUAUGAAUUGUAUAAGAGGGUAGAUCUACCGUCACGUGGAGAAAAAUAUGAAAUCUUGUCAACGUUCAAUGAAGGGCCAAGUGUUGAUGAUAUAAAUGAUCUCUUCAUGGGAAAAUCAAGAAAUCAAGCUAAGAAAGCCGCAGGAUUCUGGGGUUUCUUGAGUGGUGCAUUUUGAGUCGUAAAGAAAACGUAAUGACAAGGCAGGCUUUGGAGGCAUUUCAAUGUCGUUAACCUCGCUUUCGAGCAUCUCUAUGACUUUAUUCAUUGCAGGACGAUCGAUUGGCUUCAGUUGUAUGCACCAUAAUGCUACCAUAAUCAUCUUCUUUGUUAUGCUCUUCUCCUGCUCUGUAGCAUCACCUAAUUGUAAGUCAUUUCCUUCAUUAUAUUGGUCAUAAGCCCAUGAAGGGAAGUAGAUUUGGCUUAAAUGCUCUGCAAAUGCAUUCAAGUUCUUCCUUCUUCCUGCCAUUUCCAUCAACAACAUUCCGAAGCUAUACACAUCCGCCUUGUAAGAAACACUUCCUAUAUUUUUAUAGAUCAACUCUGGAGCCAUGUAACCUAUUGUUCCUCGAGCUGCCGUGAGAGGCACUGUAUUGUUAUUUGUCGGAUACAA